AAAGUGUAUCCUGUCUUCUUUCUUAGAGUAGCCAGCAAGGAUUUUUCAGCCCCAAAAUGAAUCUUUGUAAGAUACAAAUGCCUAACAGACUUUGUGAAAAUCUGUAAAAUGAAAAACAAUGUAAUUAUCACGGUUGAGGUAUUACAAAAACAUAGGAAAAACAUUCUCAACAUUUGAUUUGUAACAUGUCGACGUUCAUGGAAAAUAUGACAUAUAAUUUAAAAUGAAAAUCAAAAUAUUUCAGAAUGAUCGAUUUUUAAAUUGAAAUUAGACACGUUUCCAUGGUAAAAUAAAUAAUUCCUGAAAAGUAGAAGGACUGGAGUAGUGUCCUUCUAGUGAAACUUUAAUUUUAUUACAUAAAUAUUAAGUAAUGAGUUACAAAAUUGUUUCAUAAUUCUUAGGAAUGGCGAAUAGGGAUCUUGAAAGGGAACGCUUAAUUAAGAAAAUCACUGAAAAAAGAGCCAAAUUGGAAGCUCGAGGUGAUCUUAAUAUUAAGGUUCCAAGAUUAACUCUCCCAUCUGAUUAUAAUAUACAUGACCGAUCAUUAUUUUCCCUGCCACCCGAAUUGCUUAAGCCAAUAUUGGCUUCUGCUCAUCCUAAAUAUAGGAGACAACUGGCCGAUGAUAAGAAAAAAGCUGCUGAACAUAAAGUUAAAUUACAAUCUUAUACCGCUUUGAGAAAGCAGAGAGAGGAAUAUAGAAGUAGACUGGUAAAACUAAUAGUUGCUACAGAUGACGAACGUGACAUGGAUACCGACGAAUAUUACACACCGACAGCGAGUGAAAAAGAAUUAUUACGAUACUAUUAUUAUAUAAAAAAUGGCGUUGAUACAGUACAUGUGGCGCCGAUAGAUGAAAAAGUUUUAGUAAGAGUAUUCACUUUGAUUCCGAAAAAAUUAAUGAAAUUUGAAGCCACUCUCGCAGCAUCCGUUCAAGAUGUAAAAGACGAUUUCAUGAUGGCGAUUAAAAAGGCAAUAGUAGAUUUCGUAUUGCAAGAUCCGAAUUUCAUUAAUGCGGUAGGAGAAGACUUGACUAAAGAAAAAAUUGAGCUGAAACAAAUUGGAAACAAAUAUAGAGCAUCCAUUCAUUCGGCUAAAUUGAAAAUUACUAGAAAUUUACAUGCCAUUAAUCCCUGUGUCGCAGGAAUAAUGGAUAUUUGGGAAAAGGAAUAUAUAAAACUCAGAUUACUAAACAUGCACGAGUUAAAAACCCACGAAGGAGCCUUUGAACUCAACGAGUUCAAAUACAUUACCCAAAAACAAGUCAGCGAUUGUAAGGAUCUACUUAUGAGCAAAUAUUAUUAUGCCGUUACGGAUAUAUUCCUACAGGGCAACAAACGUGGUCAGCUACCCGAUCCUAGCAAAAGGAAAAAAAUGGAAUCAUUCUACAACGCUGUUGCAACUAUUAUGACGUAUCAUAUACAAACGUUAUGUCUCAAUUCACUAUCUGAUUUUGUGGAGUACAUACUGGACGUAAAGUAUGCAAAUAAAGGCUUUCAAAUAAAGCUUCAGCAAAGAGGAAGUGUCUUACAGUUUGAACCAGCCUUCAAAAAUGUUCGGGAAGUGUUGCUGGCGUUGAUUGAUUCGAUGAUUCAAGCUGUAAUGGAUAUACCAAGAUUGGAAACAAGGCUUUAUUUAGACUGGGACGAACAAGAUAAUUAUCUAAAGCCUCUAAUAGCCCAAGAGAUUGUUGAAUCCUAUAAAGAAAAAAUUAAAUACAUGCUUGAAGAUCAAAGAAUAGGACCCGAGUUAAGAGUGCAAGAUUUUGAUGAAUUCUUACCAUUAAUUAACGGUCAAUCCGAAAUUUACAUCAACGCGUUUUUGGAGGAAGAUCAAACUUUGGAAGUGUUAAACGACGAAAUCAACAAGUUUGAGGAAUUAACAAGCAAGAUACCUUUUUCCACCGAAUAUAUAGUUCGUUUGGGUAUGUACGAUAUGAACCGAAUAGACCUGCUGAAAACAUUAGAAUCAGCUGCUCAAAGUUUUACAGAACAACUUGUCCAGAAGGGUAUUAAGAAUUUAGGACAAAUGUGUAGGGCCUUAAUUGAAGAAUAUCAAGCGAUUGCCGAUAAAGCCACAAGCAUUCCAAAAGAUACGUUGGCGUUGGUGAGAUUGAUGGAGUUCGUGAAUGAAACAGAAACUAGUAAAUUAGGAGAAAUGGAAGAUAAACUAAAAGAUGUUAUGGCUUAUAUUCUAUUUUUGACUGACCAUACAAUAUUUACUCCAGUUGAAAUGAAAAUUAAUAAUAGCGCUUUCCAGUGGUGA